AUGGCAUUCGCUUGGAAAGCUGCUGGUCUUACCUACAACCGCUACUUGACCGUUGCCGCUCGCGCGGUCCGCAGGUCUCUCAAGGACGGUCCCCGUGCUGCUGCUGAGCGCCGCGGAAACAUGGACUUGCGUUUCGCCAAGUGGGAGAACGGCAAGCAGGGUGAAGUCAAGUCCCUCGCCAAGGCCAACGAUGAGGCUCUCGCUGCUCAGGCCGAGUCGAAAUAAAUACCCCGUCUCGAAACUGAGUGAAAGAAGACCGGAAGAUGUGUAUUCUGGAUGAAGGACGUUGAGGUCUCGGGUGGAAGCCAUGGGCAGGAAUGGAAUAGAUCUCUGUAGCAUAUUGGCCCCUUUGAUCAGGUCUAAAUAGAAAAGAACUAUUUCUUCCUGCCGUUCUUCUCUAGCUGGCUAGCAGGGCC